UGAACUGUCCCAUUACAGACAGAUUUCAUUAAAGACAUUUAGAUCACUUUGGAAUGACCUAUGUCCACAAAUUGCGCUGGCAAAGCCAAUGACUGACUUGUGUAUGACAUGUCAAACAUUUGGGUCUAAGUUAAGUCAAACAGGCCAAUUUACUGAUGAACAGAAAAAUGAAAUUGUCAUUAGUUAUAAGUCCCACUUGGAUCUGGCUCACAAGCAAAGAGAACAGUACAGAGAGAUGACAGCGAGUAGCAAGCAAAUUUUCUUAAAUGAAAACUUACAUGAAGGGGCCGAGCCUUGUAGCAGAGACAUCUGCUACCACUAUUCAUGGGACUUUGCACAGAAUGUGCAUUUCCCCCAUCAUGCACAGCAAGUGGGCCCAAUAUACUUCUGCAGCCCCAGAAAAUGCCAUGUCUUUGGCAUGUGUGCAGAAGGGUCAGGAAAACAAGUGUUCUAUCUAAUCGAUGAAGCAGAACUGCCAGGGAAGGGUGCUGAAAGUGUUGUCAGCUUGGCUCACCAUCAUUUCCAACACUUUGGUGUUGGAGAAAAGCAUGCAGAGAUCCACUUUGAUAAUGCAGUUGGACAAAACAAGAACCACACAGUGAUUUGGUAUGCCAUGUGGCGGACUCUGACAGGACUCCAUGAAACCAUGAGCCUGAACUGCAUGAUUACUGGACACACCAAGUUUGCCCCAGACUACCACUUUGGCAUCUGGAAGCUUAAGUGGAGGUCAUCCAAUGCAGAGACCAUGGAGGAGAUUGCUGGUAGUGUUACAGCUUCAUCAAAGUCAGGCCACAAUGUUCCACAGCUGGUCCAAGAUGACAACAAACCGGUUGUCUUCUUCGCUUGGAAAACUUACCUGGAACAGUUUUUCAAGCCAUUGAAAAACAUAACCAAGUACCACCAUUUUACUAUGGAUCGGUCGAAACCAGGUAUUGUUACCUGUAAGGAGAACAUGGAUUCGGAAGAAAUGUGUUUCAAUAUAUUGAAGCCUUUGAGUCCGGCAGCUGGAGAACUCCCACCCACCAAACCAGCCCCGGGCCUUGACCUGCGCAGACAGUGGUAUUUGUAUGACUCAAUUAGCCCAUUCUUCAGAGCAUACAAUGCCAGGGAUACUGUGUGUCCAAAACCAUCAAAGCCAAAAGUUAAAAACCAAGGAAUGGACAGUGACAGCCUACCUAGAAAAAGGAAGCACAGCCUUUAACCGUUAUCUUAACACCAUGGCAACUAAAGUGUUCCUUCAGCCUUGUAGUAAUACAUCAAGAUUUAUCAAUGUAUUUCAUCCAUUUAAUGUGAGGUUUUACACAUGUAUGUAUGACAGAGAUAAUAUUAAUUUAAAUAUCGGUAGUGUUACAGAUGAAACACAAACAUUGCUGUUAUGUUCAAUAUAAAACUUGCUAUGACAUAUUUUUGACAAAGUGCCAUUAGGUUUGUGGUCUCAUCUUUUUCUAAAUGUAAAUAUUGUUUUAAAUUUUCGUUUUAAAGAUGUGCAUACCAACCUAUUUGAAUGUGUGAUCAUACAUGUGUUUAUAAUGUUUGCCAUUUAUUUGUUGAAAAGAGAUAAUGCCACCUUUAUUCGAUUAUAUAAGGCGGAAAGAAUAACAAUUCAAGUAGUGUUUCCAUAGCAACAGGAAAAUUAUUAAGGUUAUUUAUUAAUAGGUCCAGUUUACAACAACAAAUAAAAAGUAUAUUUAUAUAUAUAUUAUACAGUUAUAGGCUUACACUCCAUGGAAUCUUUAAAAAGACUCAUCUUAAUUUGUAUGUUAUGGUGAAAAAAACUUAAUAUUUAACACAUUAUAACAUACUUUAAAAUGUCCAAAUAAUGCAACCCGGUUCAGUAUUGUUACUCUAUGUAUCAAAAUUAAGGCUUUUAAAGCAGGUUCAAUGUAUUUCUCUCCUAACAUAUUUGUUUAAAUACUACAAAAUGUUUAGUUUUAUCAUUUCAACCAUUUAAGGUAUAUUUUUACCACGGUUGCCAUGGCAACCGUUUUAAGAGUUAAUUUGAGAUUGUUAUGGAAUCAUCUUAAAGGAAUAAUAUGUUCUGGGUUGCAGUAGAUUUAUUCCAUUACUUGUUUGUUGGUUUGAAGUUGUUAACAUUGAAUGUUUACAUUAACUUGUAAAUAAAUUAUUUAAAAGUAA